AUGUGUAUAAUGUGGUUCACCAGCGCCUUAUUGGCGUUAAGCGCCGUUUCACCGGCGUGGACUGCAUCGUUGUCCACGACGGGAGCUCGUUAUCAAGCUCCUGAUGAGUGCAGGUGGACGACUGAUGAGGAUGAUGCUGGCGUAGCAUUACAAUGCAGAUUGAGGACUAUAAACAGUGAAUUGGAAAACACCAACUUCAGUGCUAUACAACCCCAUCUCACUGUACGACUGCGACUUGAGUGUAGUGACGCGCUCUUCUUUCAAAGCUCUCUUGCUCCCGCGAGUUUUCGACAGCUUGUAGAGUUGAGGGAACUGACGAUAGAAUAUUGUAAAAUAGGAAAUCUAUCUGACGGCGCCUUCACGGGCCUUCGAGAACUGAGAAACUUAACAAUACGAACGCAUAAUACAGAUUGGUCUACAAUGUCGCUUGAAGUUACACCCACUGCCUUCUCCAGAGACGUGCAGAACUUAGAACGUUUGGAUCUCAGUGAAAAUAACAUGUUAACAUUUCCGGACGGAGCUUUAUGUACUUUACGAAAUUUAGAAUAUUUAAACAUGACCGGGAAUCGAAUGAGAGAUAUAAGUCAUUUUCAAUUUUCCACUGCGCAUCGUCACCCAACAGAGAAAUGUGGGGAUAAUCUCAUUGUACUGGAUUUAUCAAGAAACCUAAUAGACACUUUACCACCAGGUCUCUUAUCUGGAUUAAAAAGGUUGCAAAAAUUGUAUAUUCAAGGAAAUGGAUUAACAUCCGUAGCCGACAGGGCCCUCGAAGGGCUCGUCUCACUGACAACAGUUAGAUUCUCUGAUAAUCAGCUGACAAGCCUCCCGCCUGAAUUAUUUAGUGACACAAAGGAGCUCAAGGAAAUAUAUUUAAACAAUAACACGAUUACUGUGUUAGCUCCGGGAUUAUUUAGCGAUUUACUCCAACUUCUAGUCUUAGACUUAUCCCACAACGAAUUAACCUCAGAUUGGAUUAACACGUCCACUUUUUCCGGAUUAAAACGGCUAGUGUUUUUAGAUUUCUCUCACAACAGAGUUUCUAAAAUGGAAAUAGCUUUGUUAAGAGAUUUAAACAAUUUGCAAAUACUAAAAAUGCAGGAUAAUUUUAUAGAACACAUACCUGAAAACGUAUUUAGCUCACUCAAUAAUUUGCAUACAUUAAUAUUAUCGAAUAACCGAUUAACGAAUAUCGAGAGUUACUCGUUCACCGGACUGUCCGUAUUAUCUGUGUUGUCAAUAGACAGUAAUCGAAUAACAAAAAUACACCCGCAUGCCUUACGCAACUGCACAUCUUUACAAGAUUUGCAUAUAAAUGGGAAUAGACUGGACGAAGUUCCCAUCGCUUUGAAAGAAAUCCCACAGCUUAAAACUUUAGACUUGGGAGAGAAUUUAAUAGUGAGCAUUGAAAACGCAUCCUUCAUGACCAUGCAACAGAUGUACGGUUUGCGUUUAACAGAAAAUAACAUUGGAAAUAUCAGCAAAGGCGUGUUCGACAAAAUGACUUCACUGAAAAUACUCAAUUUGUCUAGAAAUAAAAUCCACAAAAUUGAAGCUGGCGCUUUUGAUGGCAACGUGAAUCUUCAGGCAAUAAGACUGGAUGGGAAUUACUUGACCGACAUUGGCGGUCUUUUCGCAAAGUUACCUAAUUUGGUGUGGCUGAACAUUUCCGAUAAUCGCCUAGAAUGGUUCGACUACGCUAUGAUUCCAACUGGAUUGCAGUGGCUGGAUAUUCACGCAAACAGAAUUGCUGAACUUGGAAAUUACUUUGAGAUCGAAUCACAACUGUCUUUGAGUACGUUUGACGCGAGCUCAAAUAGGCUAACGGAAAUAACCGGAAGCGCAAUACCUAACUCCGUCGAAAUGUUGUAUUUAAACGACAACUUGAUAUCGAAAGUCCAAUCUUAUACAUUCUUCAAGAAACCCAAUUUAACUAGAGUCGAUUUAUACGGCAAUAAAAUAACAAGUUUAGACCCGAAUUCUUUGAGAAUAUCCGCAGUACCUCAAGAUAAAUCAGUGCCCGAGUUCUUCAUAGGCGGAAAUCCAUUAGAAUGUGAUUGUACUAUGGAAUGGUUACAAAAAAUAAACACUGGGAACAGAGCUCGAACACAACCUAAACUAAUGGACUUAGACAGCAUUUACUGUAAAUUGUUGUAUAAUCGUGGAAACGCGUACGUGCCUUUGGUAGAAGCCGCGUCACAUCAGUUUCUAUGUAAAUACGAAUUUCAUUGUUUCGCUCUAUGUCAUUGUUGUGAUUUUGACGCCUGCGAUUGUGAGAUGACCUGCCCGAACAACUGCACUUGUUACCACGACCAAUCGUGGUCAGCGAACGUCGUGGAAUGUACUAAUGCGGGGUAUGUGAACUCUUUACCCGAUCGCAUACCUAUGGAGGCCACACAACUGUAUCUCGACGGUAAUGACAUAAAAAUGCUACCCAGUCAUGCAUUUAUUGGCAGAAAACGUCUCAAAGUUCUGUAUUUAAACUCAUCGAAGAUAGAAACAAUACACAAUCGCACCUUCAAUGGUUUAAAGGAGUUAGAAAUAUUACAUUUGGAUUACAACAUAUUAUCGAGCAUUGAAGGACAAGAAUUUGAUGGCCUGGACAAUUUACGCGAGUUAUACAUAAAUAAUAAUUUGAUAAAAUCAAUUGGUAAAGAGAUGUUUCAUCAUAUGGCUCGUUUGAAGAUCUUACACUUACAUAACAACAGAUUAGUGACUUUGACAGUGUGGCAAAUCAACCCUGCGAUUACUUCGCUUUCACUCUCAUUCAACCCGUGGUCUUGCGAUUGUGAAUAUACAGAAAUGUUUCGUGAGUGGACAAAACGAGUAACGUCAAUUACAGAUUUAUCAAAUGUAAGAUGUAUUUACUCGCGUAAUGAUACAAACGCAACAGUGUACAGUGACACCAUAUUCAGUGAACCGGGCUCCGGGUUUAACAUUGUCGAGGAAAAUGGCACAAUAUGCACAGGACUUCCGAGCAUAAACAACAGCAUAAAUGGAAACUUAACCGCCACAAAAACGAUAAUUACGAACGAAGACGUCCAAGAUUACAUUCCCUUACUCGUUUCGACCCUUGGAGCGUUUUUACUUGUUCUAUUCGCUGUCAUGAUUGUCUUCAUAUUCAGACAAGAAAUGAGGGUGUGGUUUCACUCGAGAUUCGGCGUGAGAUUAUUCUACAAAGCGAGUGAGGUAGACCGCGAUGAUAGAGAGAAAUUAUAUGAUGCGUUCGUAAGUUAUAGUUCUAAAGAUGAAGCUUGGGUCACAGAGAAGCUCGCGCCGAUGUUGGAGCGAGGCGACCCCGCCUACAAACUGUAUCUGCAUUACCGAGACUUCCCGGUCGGAGGCUAUGUAGCUGAUAAUAUAAUACAAGCGGUUGAAUCGUCGCGCCGUACGAUUAUGAUAUUAAGUGAAAACUUCAUAAAGUCCGAAUGGUGUCGAUUUGAGUUUAAAUCAGCCCAUCACCAAGUACUUAGAGAUAGAAGACGGAGAUUAAUAGUGAUAGUGUUGGGUGAAGUGCCGCAAAAGGAUCUCGAUCCUGAUAUAAGACUGUAUUUAAAAACAAAUACGCAUAUCCAGUGGGAGGAUAAACAUUUUUGGGAAAAGUUAAAGUUCGCGUUACCCGAUGUGCACAACAAGCAGCGGCUGCGUGGCAUGCCAAGCCCUGGUGCAAGUGCUAUGGCCAUGCACCGACAUCAAUACCCGAGGAAUCAUCUGGGGGCGCUGCCGCCUCCGCCAGUGCACGGGGCUCACCCUGUGCUGCCCCCGCACCCCGCUCACGGCGCGCACCAGUUACCCCCUAGAUCAUCACCGAGAAACCUUUCCGUCCAUGUGUAG